AUGCUCACCUACCCGAAUAUUGACCCAAUUGCGAUAUCACUGGGUCCACUCAACGUCCAUUGGUAUGGACUGAUGUAUCUCUUGGCAUUUUUAUGUGCUUGGGGACUUGCUACUUAUCGCGCUAAACAACGUGCUGACUGGAACUCUGAAAUGGUUUCAGAUCUGGUGUUCUUUGGCGCACUUGGAGUUGUGCUCGGUGGUCGUGUAGGCUAUGUUUUAUUUUACGAGUUUGGCAAAUUUUUAGCAGAUCCUAUCUGGCUAUUUAAAGUCUGGACUGGUGGUAUGAGUUUCCACGGGGGCUUCCUUGGUGUAAUGAUCGCCAUGCUUUUGUGGUGUCAUAAAUAUAAGAAAACUUGGUUUGAAACCCUGGACUUCAUUGCACCCUGUGUACCGACGGGCUUGAUGUUUGGUCGAAUUGGAAACUUCAUCGGUGGUGAAUUAUAUGGUCGUCAAGUUUCUGACCCUAACUUUGCGCUAGGUAUGAUCUUCCCGACUGAUCCACUACAUUUGGUUCGUCAUCCAUCUCAGCUCUAUCAAGCGCUGUGUGAAGGACUGCUGCUGUUCCUUAUUCUAUGGUUCUAUAGUGCUAAACCACGCCCACGUUAUGCCGUAUCUGCAAUCUUUCUAAUGGGUUAUGGCUGUGCUCGAUUCUUUAUGGAGUUCUUCCGUGAACCUGAUGCUGAUCAAGGUUAUAUCCUGUUCGGCUGGAUGACCAAAGGCGCUCAAGGUAUUGGCUUUAUGGCCCUAGCGCGCGCUGUAGCCGUGAAAUGA